AGCCGCUGCAGCUCCGCAUUCGGAACGCCGUUAAGUGUAACUAAGCAACGCGAGGUUUUCCGGUGCACUUCGUUUUGUUUUUAAUAAAUGAAAGCAUUUAACUUUUAAUGUAAAAGUCUUCAUAAGGAGUUCUAUUUAUUUAUCAGUUUCGAAAGGAUUUGUCCCGAAAACGAUGCGAUGAGAAAUAAGGCGUUUGGGAGCGGGACGGUGCGGCUGGACGCGGCGGACGGAGAGUGGGGCAGACAGCGGAGUUUUCCGGUCAUAGCUGAGGAGUCAUGCGGACAUCACGGCCGGAUCAUGAAGGGGCUCACGUUCUUCCUGCUUCUGCCGGCGGCGCUCAAAAAGUCCAAGAAAGCUGUAAAGGGCUCCGGUAGAACGCCGACCUGCUUGACCGCCGGUACUACGAACCUGAGGAAGAUGAAGCCCGCCGCGGAGGUGCAGGAGGUCACCGGGAAGAUCGGUAGCUCCUCACUGACUCUGCCCGAGGAGGAGAGCCGCAGCCUGGCGGAGCCGAGUGACAGCACCGCGCCGGGCAGCACGGAGAAGAACAGCGACCAGGAAACACACACACAGCCUGGACACACACACACCAACCUCCGCGACAGGAACGCAGUGAUGUUCAAUAACGAACACAUGGCGGAUGUGCACUUCAUCGUCGGCCCACCUGGAGCAACAGAGAAAAUUCCAGCGCAUAAGUACGUCCUGGCGGUGGGGAGCUCUGUUUUCAGCGCCAUGUUUUAUGGCGACCUUGCCGAGGGAGACCACGAGAUCCAGAUACCAGAUGUGGAACCGGCUGCUUUUUUAAUCCUGCUCAAGUACUUGUACAGCGAUGAGAUCGAGCUGGAGGUGGAAACGGUCGUGGGGACGCUCUAUGCAGCCAAGAAGUACCUUGUGUCGGCACUAGUCAGCGCUUGCGUGAGCUUCCUGGAGUCGAGGCUGGAGGCGGGUAACGCUUUUGCGCUGCUUUCUCACAGUCGUGCACUGGACGAGUCGCAGUUGGCACAGAGCUGUUGGCGGAUCAUCGACGCCCAGGCUGAGCUGGUGCUAAGAUCUGAAGGCUUCCUCCAGCUUGACUCGGAUACGCUAAAGAGCGUCCUGCGACGUGACUCGCUAAAUGCUAAAGAAUCUGCCGUGCUGCAGGCGGCACUGGCGUGGGCAGAGGCGGAGUGUCAGCGGCGCGGCACGAGCCCCACUGCUGCGAACAAGCGAGCUGUACUCGGUGAAUCGCUUCACCUUUUACGCCUGCCUGCUAUGACGCUGGCAGAGUUUGCUAACGGCGUGGCGCAAUUUGACUUCCUGACUCCGCAAGAGACGCGCGAUAUCUUCCUUUGGUUUACUGCAGCCGAGAAGCCCAGUCUGGAUUUUCCCGUGUUGCCGAGGACGGGGCUUGAGCCGCAGCGAUGCAGACGAUUCCGGUCCUCGGCGUACCGGAGCAAUCAAUGGCGUUACCAAGGACGAUGCGACAGCAUCAGGUUCGCAGCCGAUCAGCGCGUUUUCGUGGCCGGGCUUGGACUUUACGGAUCCAGCGAACGGGAGAGUGAGUACGAUGUCCAGAUCGAGUUGAAGAGACAAGAAGAGAUGCUUGCACAGAGGUUGACAAAGUUUGUAUCGGACGGUUCGAGCUCAGUGUUCGCUGUGUUUUUUGAGCAGCCGGUGCAGGUGGAACCGGAUGUUUUUUACACAGUCAGUGCCAUUCUGGACGGAACCCAGCUUAGCUAUUUCGGACAGGACGGAAUGACGGAGCUCCGCUGCGGAAAAGUCACCUUCCAGUUCCAGAGCUCAUCGGACAGCACCAAUGGGACGGGGGUGGAGGCGGGGCAGAUUCCAGAACUCGUCUUCUACACGUGAGGACCAGUCCAUUAUGGAUUUGAGGAUUACUCAAUUACAGAAGUAGGACACUAUGAAAUAGGACACUAAGAGGUAGGAGUGAUUGUGUUCCCUGGACUGUGGACUCUGGGACAGAAAUGAGGGAGAGUAAAUUCCUCAGAUUUGAAGAUUUGGCCCGGUCCUUUUCAGAGGAUAUCUUAAAGGUGACCUGGAAUAGAGAACGGCUAAUUCCAUAACUAGGACACGCAGAUGUCUGGGAGAGACGGCAGAGCGGUCUUUUACACGUGAGGAUUUGGACUGGUCCAUUUCACAGAAAAUUAUAAAUUAGGACUUCUCACACUCAAAGGAAUGCUCUUCAAUCAUAUUUAUUUCUUUAAGCUUAUUAUUUUAAUUUAAACCCAUUUCACUUUUUGUUAAUUGCUAUCACACAAACUCUGCCUGUGAACGGUGACAGUGGAUUGUACUGCUCUGAAAAGCUCUCUAAAGUAUUUUAUUUAUUUAUUGUUUAUUUUUUUAACAGCUUGCUGCUGGCUGAGAGAACACAGGGGUUGAAAAUAUCUGCAGUAAGUUGCAGGUUAACAAUUUGUUACUUAAAAUAAAAUGUAAAUUAAUUCACGGGAGAUCUCGGUGGUCUGAUCAGCAUGCCUUUCUACUUUUUUCUAUGCAAUGAUGAGACAGAAAGGUGUGAAAGCUGUGCCACAGCGCCCUCUAGGUCUAAACACCAACACUGCAUUCACAUCCAGACACACACACACCCCUGACUUUUUUGGGGUCCAUAUGAUUCAUUGUGUUUGUGUGUGUGUGUGUGUAUGUGUGUGUGUAUAUAUGAAAGGUUUACCUAUAGCUGGCGCAUUGAUGCAGAGUUCUCUGGCCAACACCAGGAACGUUCUUCCCAGGACAUACACAUUGACCUACAGAGGACAAGAAUCAGGACAAGGCCAGGACACAUUAGCACAGUUACAGGAAGCAGGAACACAAGCAUUUGCUCUCAACACCAUAGACUCAGUCCUGAUAUUGAUUUUAAAGUACUCAAUAUUGGUUUAGUUUUCUAAAGUAAGUUUAACCUCCUCACCCACACCCACACCCCCUCCCUCCCACCUACACACACCUACACACCCACCCACACACCCACCCACACAUCCACACCCACACAUCCACACCCACCCACACACUCCCCUCCAUCUGGGCCCCUUAAAGGGAACUCCUCUGAGGAGUAGCUGGAGGUCAUGACCUUUUCAAACAUGGGUGGGUUUCCAUACACACUCCUGACCCCACAGGGAAAGACAGAAAAGAAAGAGAAUUUAUAGAUCUGUGUAUCUGUGUGUGGGCAGAAACAUGUAUACCGUACAAUGCCUCACACUUUCAAUGAGAAAUUGAACUGAAUGAAUUUCACUAUUCUAUUUUAUUGAAAUUAAGAUCAUUAAUUAUUAGAAAGUCCAAGAGAAAUCUUGUCGCGCUUUACGACGCCUCGUCACGACUUACCCGCCUUCACCGAGUGACCGCUAAUUUAAAUUAAACACCAAUGAUGUAGACAUUCUCAGACUGACGUAAACGACAACAGCGCUAAUUGUCUUGUCCACUCAAUUUAACAGACAGCAUGAACGUGGACAAUUUGUCACUGUCCCCUGUCCCUUGUCUAAGUGACCGUCACAUUCAAAUUUGAAAUAGAAUGAUUUCUUUGUGUAUCUGGAAUAGCAUUCUGUUGGGAACAUAGAGAAGCGUAUCCCAGCUAGGGUUAGGGUUAGUUAACCCAAAAAUCAAGGGUUAGGGUGAGUUAACUUCAAAAUCAAGCUCAGUAUCAGUGACAGGACAAAACAUCCCUGUAGGCAAGUAAGUACAAUGAAUCUGAAACAUUUAAGUUCAUGAUUAAAUGAUAAUCUCUUGUUUAUGAUACAAAGUCAUUCAAAUCUCAUUUUAACACACACACACGAAGGCAAAUAUCAAUAUCCUGAACUCAUCACUCAUAGCAAAACAUAGCCGAGUGACACUGUAUUAAUCGCAGCUCAUCUGCGCGCGCACACACACACACACACCCCGUUUAUCAAAGUCAUUUGAAGAGAAAACCUGAGCUGAUAAGGUGUAUUAAACCCACCUGCAGCAGAUCGCUGAGAUCCAGGAGCAUGUCUGACAUGGCUCUGUUAAAGAAUCCAGCCUUUAUAAACACAAACCACAGUCAAAAAAAAAAUCCUGAUUUAUGAGAAAUAAAAAUUUUAAAAAAAAAGGAGAACAUCAGCUGAAUUACAAACCGAGUUCUAAUGGUGUUUAGAUUGAAUAAAAAUAGACAGCUGUUACUCUAAUGUUAUUCUGAAAGAACAAAGAGCUGGCGUUAUUACCCAUAACGCACUGCCAGGUGUUUAUUAUGAGGAGCUGAUUUGGGUUAUCAGUGCAGAUAUUUCUAUUCAGCAUUUUCCUGAUG